AUGGCUCAACAUUGUGAUCUAGAGGGCCAGGACAACAAAUUUAUUAAUGGGGUUAAGGCAGAGAUCGGGUUUUUACUCGAUGCAUCUGGAGCAUCUUCGUCUGCAAUAGAAACCAUGGCUGGUGCAGGCUUAACUAUUGAAAAAUUGAUUGUGCUCAAUGUAGAUGACUUCCACAAUAUCCAUGAGUAUCGGCGCAGUGACACAACUACUACGCAUGAUGUUUCUCAUUUUAUUACAAUCCUCCUGAAAGCCUUGCCAGAAAUACCAUCCAUUCCGUUUCACAACCCCAAUCAAGAAAAGAGUAUCCACAACGAAGAGGGUAUUGAUGCCAAGAUUAUUCUACAGAAUGCUCACUCAUCUUUCUUUCCGCAUUUGUGGCUUAGUUAUACAGGACGAAAGCAGGCAUUUACUGAUUUGACGUCUGUAUCGGAAACACAUAAUGAGCGGGUUGAAAGACUUUUAAUUUACAGCUAUGAUGACAGGAUCGAACAACGUAAAACUGACCGAAGCAUGCAGAAUACGAAGUUGGUGGAUCUGAAAGAAGGACCACUUCAUUCCACUGAUGAUUACGUACAGGCUCUCAGGCACAUGAUGAACGUUCAUGAAGUAAGAACCUAUUUAGAAACGCAAGUAUUAGUGGCACCUAUGGAUUAUCCUGGGCAACGUAAUGUGCGACGUGCCAUUAACCAUCGCAUCAACGCUGGAGAUCUUUCUGGAAUACCGGAACAAAUUCUGCAUAUCGUUCCAAUGAUUGGACCUUUGCGUGUAUCCUUAAAUAGUCGUUUUGGCAAAAAGCCAAAGGCUUACAAGAUUGAUCUAUUGUUAGAGUUAGCAUCGCAAGGUUGGUCUCGAGUGCAUACGGUAGUUAAACAGAAAUUUGAACAGUCUAAAGAUGCGGAAGCCAGAUACCUUAUCAAUUUGUUGGAUAACGUCAUCCCGCUGGUUUUAGAUUUUUAUCCUGUCAUAUUCCGUAAUGGAAAUUGGACAGCAUACAAGGAAGCGAUGUUUCGCGUUUGGGCUAUAUUUUAUCAAUAUAAUCGUAAACAUUAUAAUAAAUUCUCUCCACGUAUUUACUUUCACAGCUCACUUCGCCGACGGAUACAAAAAUCGAACACAGUGGAACAAAUUAUUCGUCAGGCACGAAUAAUUGAUCAGAUGCGUGGCAGCAAUUUUUUCACAGAUGUCUUUUCUGAGAACCAUAAUAUUAGAUACUCUGUGAAACAGCUUGAAUAUCUUGAAAAACGUGCUGCACUCUUUUUACUAAAUCUCUUCACAGGUGUUUAUCAGAAUCUCAGUAGACCGAAAGUAAUCUCAUCUAACGUACAUUCAAAAUUCAAAGUUUGUGAACUACCAACGCUUGGUAUAAUUCGCAUGAGAAAGCCAAUGCCGAUAUUGUGCUGCAUAUCUCGUGAGAAAAACUGUAGAAUUUUUCAGCAAACUGUGAGUCCAUUCAAUGAGAUGCUUACAGAUGAAAAUACAGCUGAGUUGGCUGUGGAAGCUGAUGAAAAUACUGGCAAUGAAGACUUUUUAUUAGAUGAUAAUAUAGACUUACUUUUUGUAAGGGCUCUGAAUACUCUAACCAAUGUAUAA